GUAUACGAAAGCGUGAUAUAUAUAUUUUUUUUGCACUCUGCUCGAAUACCUAACAAAAAGCCAUGUCCAUAAAAGCGUCAUGUUGAAAUAGCUACAAAAUCGCAACAAAUAAAACAAAUUGCAAUCAAAUAAUAAUAAAACGAAAACGCACAACUCGAAAGAGUUCACGAUUAGCUCGUUAAGCUCAAUCUUCAGCCAGCCAGCCAACAUACUUAGUCUAAGUCAAUGGAUGAGAAAGACGACGAAGCCAAGCAUCAAAACGAAACGCACAAAGCCAACGGAACGAAACGUAACGUUAAAUUUUCAAAAACAAAACAACAUAACGAACGCAGCAUCCAAUUUUAGGCUUAGCUCUGCUCCAAUACAGAGAAUAGAAUAGUAAAGUGGAAUCAGUGGAAGCUGCUCAUAAGCUCCCAGCUAGCUCGCAGUAAAGGACGAGAGGAAUAUAAUAAGCAGAUGAAGCGUAAUUGAUAUGAAAUAGAAAAGAGCUGCACACUGACUUAGCCGAGCAGCAAUUGUAUUGCAAAAAUGUUCACAACAAUAGCAGCGCGAAUUGCAGCGGAGGCGAGCUGAUUACGCCGGACAGCGAAAGGAGCCAAAGGAGCGAACGCAGCUAGGGGUGCCAGUGGCGCCAGUGGUGCCAAAGGAGCCCAAGGAGCUGCGCAAUGCAAGCGAACAGCAACCGAUCCACAUUAAGCGCACAAUCCUCCGGCACACCGUCGGCCUCAACGAUAUCCUCGUCGCAGGGCAAGCAACAAGUCGUCGAACUAUCGGGCUAUGUUAUCAUACUUGUUGAGAAUGCGGAGGGUAAAAUUAAAUUAUACGGCUCACCGUCCGAUCGCGAUAAUCUGGAAGUGGGCGAUGAGAUACUCGAGGUCAAUGGACUCAGCCUGGAUAAUAUAUCACGCACGGAAGCCAUACGCCAUAUCCACGAUUGCAUCAAGUCCUGCACAAUUUGCUUGCGUGUGCGCAAGAAAAAUGAUUCCAGAUUGGGUAAGUUUCGUUCUUAAUUAAAUUUAAUUUUGAUAAUAUGUAUCUAAUCAGA